GCCCAAUAGACAGGUAGAUCUCUACCCCAGCGGGCAGUCCGGGGCGGAAACCGAGCUCGAUGUUUUUUUUCACCUUGCUGAAUCUCAAUGAAUCUUAUUGACACCUUCUAUCUUGAGAAUGGUCGUCUUCUAUUACCAAGACACCGUAUCGUCGUCCCUAUGAUGCACGUGUUCAUCGACUAAGCCUCGUGAGGACAGAGAGAGAUGUACGCCACUCGGCGAACCUAUCCUUCUAGGAAGGUAAUCGAUGCAUCUCAACGCAAAAUGUCGUCGGUAUAAAAUUAGUAGUAAGGUCCCCCAAGACCCGAUUGAGUCUACGGAAAAUCAGGUCUACGAUUAAGAUGACAUCGCGAGACAUAUAAAAGCCACCGUCAGGUGCAGCUCUCCAGACAAGAUACCCCAUUCGCCAAGUCUCUAUAAAUCAGAUUCUCCGAAGUACGGUCUUAGGCGCUGAAAAGGAUGAAGCUGCCACUUACGCUCCUCUCCACCACGUUGGUGGCCUUCGUGUUCUCCAGCCCUUUGACGCUGGACUACUCGGAAAGUACUAUUGCGAGCCUCAAGGCACGACAGAUAGCAGGAGCAGCAGCAAGUAUUCAGAGACGGCAAUCAGCCGGAACCACGGAGAACGAGUUUCUAGAAGGGGGUUGUCGAGAUGUUAUUUUCAUUUUCGCCCGCGGUAGCACCCAGGAUGGCAACGUUGGCGACAAUCCAGGUCCGCAAACCAUCGACCAACUCAAGUCCGCAUUAGGUACGAACGCCGUGGCAGCUCAAGGCGUCGACUACCCGGCCUUGCUGAUCGACAACCUCCGAAGCGGGGGCUGCGAUCCCGAAGAUGCGGACAACAUGCGAGCGCUCAUCACACAAGCCGCGACGCAAUGUCCGACGGCGAAGCUUGUUGUUUCGGGUUACAGUCAGGGGGCAGCGCUAGUGCACCGGUCUAUCGAAGUUGCGGAGACCAGCGUUAAGGCCCGGAUCUUCGCCGCCGUGACUUAUGGCGACACCCAAAAGGCACAGGAUAACGGCCAGGUCCCGAAUUUUGACCGUAGCAAGACAUUAAUACUGUGUCAUGAUGGGGAUAAAGUAUGCGACGGCACGCUGAUCGUCACGGAUGCUCAUCAUGGGUACAGCGAUCUUGCCCCUCAGGCGGUGGACUUCAUCGUGAGCAAGGUUUAGAAGCUCACUGGAUAUGGUAUAAAGAUGCAAUCUUAGAUAUAGGCUCGAAUGGUUAGGUACCUACCUAGCUAGGUAAAGAGGAGGAAUAGGUGUCAUUCUAACGAUGUAUAAAAGGCUACCUACGUACUAGGUACCUAGGUAGGUAAUUACCUAGUAGACAAACAUGUUCAGAGAGCAACUUCACAGCUGAGUAGUUAGGUACUUCGUUGUACGUGAACUAAUAUCGAAAACCAUUACUUUAUACGACCU